GCGGCCGAGGCGACGACCGCAGCCCGGAGGUAGCGGCCUGGCGGGGGACGGGCCGCUGCCCUCUCGGACGGCCGCGGCGGAAGAGAAAGAUGGCGGAGGCCUCCGCGGCUGGCGCGGGCGCAGGCGCCGCUGUCGCCGCGCACCGGUUUUUCUGCCACUUUUGCAAGGGCGAGGUCAGCCCCAAACUACCGGAAUAUAUUUGUCCCAGAUGUGAAUCAGGCUUUAUUGAAGAAGUGACAGAUGAUUCCAGUUUUUUAGGUGGUGGUGGCAGCCGGAUAGACAAUAGCACAUCAACACAUUUUGCAGAGCUCUGGGAGCAUUUGGACCACACGAUGUUUUUUCCAGAUUUUAGACCAUUUCUAAGUAGCAAUCCACUGGACCAAGAUAAUAGAACCAAUGAGAGGGGUCACCAAACUCACACUGACUUCUGGGGACCAAGUCGGCCUCCGCGGCUGCCAAUGACUCGAAGAUACAGAUCGCGAGGAAGUACUCGUCCCGAUAGAUCCCCAGCUAUUGAAGGAAUAAUUCAACAGAUCUUUGCAGGAUUCUUUGCAAAUUCUGCAAUUCCUGGAUCCUCACAUCCUUUUUCCUGGAGCGGGAUGCUGCACUCCAACCCUGGGGACUAUGCCUGGGGUCAGACAGGGCUUGAUGCCAUUGUAACCCAGCUUUUAGGACAACUGGAAAACACAGGGCCUCCCCCAGCUGACAAGGAAAAGAUCACAUCUCUUCCAACAGUGACAGUAACUCAGGAACAAGUUGAUAUGGGUUUAGAGUGUCCAGUGUGCAAAGAAGAUUACACAGUUGAAGAGGAAGUCCGGCAGUUACCCUGCAACCACUUCUUCCACAGCAGUUGUAUCGUACCAUGGUUAGAACUGCAUGACACAUGUCCUGUAUGUAGGAAGAGCUUAAAUGGUGAGGACUCUACUCGGCAAACCCAGAGCUCUGAGGCCUCUGCAAGCAACAGAUAUAGCAGUGACAGCCAGCUACAUGACCGAUGGACUUUCUGAAGCUAAAGCCUGCAUCUGAGCCAGGGCUGUGGUAGUCUUAUCACAGCUGUCAAUUGUUUCAAAACAAAAAAAUAGUAGGUGGAUUUAGGAAUUGCAUAAGAAACCCCAACCCAUAAUAUUAAUGCAGUGAGUGUUUUUCUUCUCUAAAUUUAAAGUUAGUAUCUGCAGAUGGAAUUGUAUCUACAACCAAAUGCCUCUUAUUCCUGAAUUCAGAGUGAUACUUUUAUAAGUGUGAAACUUGAUUAUGUGGGUUUCCCCUGCCAGAAUAGAAUCACUUUACCUUAAAGUCUAGCUAGGGUCCCACUAUCUGUCAUGUUCUCUUGUAGUGGAUGUUUCCACCUCCUUCUCUAACCUCCAGCCUACCAUUUGUGUAUUUUAUAGUAGAUGCAGUGGAACCACAGCCCUAAAGUCCUGCUGUUUAAAGUCUUUCUGUUUUAAUUGUACAAAAGCAUCUACUCUUGGCCACAUUAGCCACAAAGCAAGAUCAGAUUAAUUCAGAAAUCCGAAACUAAUGAUUUUGUUUUGUUUGAAUCCUCAGAAAAUCAAAGAAAAAUUACAAUGGGGAGGAGAAAGUGGCUGAUCAUUGUACUCUUUGGUUUUCUCAUUUUAAUUUUUAAAGACUACUUCACAAGGUGCAUUUUCUGCAGAAGCUAACAUGACACAUCUUAGGAAUCUUAUGUUGGUGGGAAUCUGAUUCUGGUUCCUUUUUAGAAAUGAGUUGGGGAGCAUACAGGCACAGAAGGAUAGAUAUUUGAAUUCUUUGGUUCUGAAGUUUUUUUAAUGACCCCCGACUCAUUGUUUACUGCCUUUUGUCAUGGAGACCUUAAAAUAAUUUCCCUUAGAAAUAGAAUUACUUCAUUACUGCUUCUACAGCCAAUUUAGUUUACUGUUUUUAGUAAUUCAUUCAUCUUCGGGAAUUGAGAUUUCACAUUGUCUCAUUUUAAUUUUUUAAGCCCUUUUAUCAUCUCUGAAAUCUUUCUGUUCUGCUUGGUUCUGGUUGUACUUGGAAUCAAAUUGAUUAUUUGUGAUCAUGCCUGAAACAGCUUGGCCUUGGAGAGGUGGGCCUUCUAUUUUCAGCCUAACAGUGUCUCAUUGCACAUGCACAUGCUCUUUGAAGCAUUUAAGUGUUUAAAGUUGAAUAAAUGAAGAAGAUCAAGAAUGUUGUUGGAACUUCAAAGUCUCAAAAGGAAAUGAUGGGGACACAUAACCACUGUCAGCGUACCAUAGAGGGUAACAGGGGACACCAUUUUUCUGGUCACAUCAGCCCUUCAUAGUUUGGAAUGAUUAGAACAAAAAGGCCACUCUUUGGUGAGUCUCUUUCUUGACUAGGAGUCUUUCCUCAGUUUUUGUUGACUAUCAUACAGGUUUUGGGGGUGAGGAAAGGGGUUAGAGAUAUCUUUGUAUUUUGGUAGAGGAUAAAGGAAUAGGGGAGGGAAGAAAGAAAGGGGAGAGUGGCUUGCUGAAUUAACAGCCUGCCUCUAAAGUUGUGACCAUAAGGUGUGAUUCAUGUUGGCACCAGAGGGAAUAAAGGAUGUUUUCUCCUCUGCCUCUCAUGUUAUACCUCCACAGAGAUUGUUUCUUAGGAGAAGGUGAGCUAUUUACUAUGGGUAUUGAUGUGUAGCCCAAAACUACACAUUGGUUUUUAGUGGGAGUGGGGGUGGGGUGAGAUCAAGAAGCUUGGGAAGAGUGAGAGGUAUAUUCUGAAUAUUUAGUGGCCACUACAUAAAUGGCGAAAGGCCGUGCUGAAGUUGGAGCACAUUAUAGUUUUCAAGUAGAAGGGUGUCUACUGUCUCAGAAAAUUACGACAGCUGGAAAUUAUUCCCUCCCUGUUAGAGUCUGGAGAUGUCAGGACAAACGGUUGUAUUUUUACUACAACUAGAAAGCUAGAGAACUAGAACAGAUCUGAAUAGCUUCACAAAAGGUCAGAAGCAAAGUACUAGAUAGGGAGUUACCUUUUCAAUACACAGAAUGGCAAAUAGUGUCAGUCUCAGUUAUUUGAAAUUUUCUUCACUUUUUUGUGCUCUAAUAGAGGACAUGAGGCUCCUUUUGCUGUUUCCUGUACCCUUUCCACAUAAUGAUUCUAUAGUGUUUCUUCCUAGGAGGCAUCUUGGGAGUUCCAGGUUUUAAUUUAAGUUAAAGAAUAUAGUAGGGUUCUCCAGAGAAACAGAAUCCAUAAGGCAAUAAGGUGAGAGAGAGAGAGAGUGUGUGUGUGUGUGUGUGUGUGUGUGUGUGUGUGUGUGUGUGUCUGUCUGUGUAAAGAGACUUACUAUAAGGAAUUAACUUGUGUUAUUAUGGAGGCUAAGAAGUUUCAAGAUUUUUCAGUCAACCAGCCAGUAGAGCUUUAUGGUGUAGUUCUAGUCUGAUUCCAAAGGCCUGAGCACUAGGAGAGCCAGUGGUAUAAAUUCCAAUCCAAAAACUGGUAGAAGUUUUGAGACCCAAGAAAAACCAGUAUUUUAAAAAUACAUAUUUUAUUUAUUUGAGUGAGAAAGAGAGCAUUAGAGAGCAGGAGAAGCAGACUCCCCACUGAGCAGGAGGCCAGAUGCAAGGCUUGAUCCCAGGACCCUGGGACCAUGACCUCAGCCAAAGGCAGAUGCUUAACUGACUGAGACACUCAGGUGCCCUGAAAAGCCAGUGUUUUAGUUUGAGUCCAAAGGCAAGAAAAGACUAAUGUCCUAACUCAACCAGGCAAAAGGAGUUCUCCCUUGGUAGCUGGAGUGUCAUAUUUUUUCCUAGUUGGGCCUUUACCUGAUUGGAUGAGGCCCACUGACAUUGCAGAGAGCAAUCUGCUCUAAUUUGUCUACCUAUUCAGAUGUUAAUCUUAUCAAACAUAUCCUCAUAUCACAGACAUCUAAAAUAAUCUGUGACCAAAUAUUUAGGUGCUCCUUAGUCCAGCCAAGUUGACACAUAAAAUUAAUCAAUACAGGAGAAGAAAUAGAAAUGCAUACAGCAGAGUGAUACCCAUUCCACUUAAGUUUUGCCAAAUAAACAGUGUGUCUCUAUGAGAAAUGUCUGCUCUGCUUAGAGACCUUAGUACUAGGGUUAAAAGGUUGGAGAAAUGUAUACGGGAACGAGGUCCAAUUUGCUGUGUGGAAUAUACCUAUAUUUCUUCUUUAAUUAACCUAUAUUAACCUGGAAGUCUGAGAUGCCUCCCAUUCUAGGAGGAAACAUUGCAGAUUCAUUGACCUAACAUCAGAACAUGGCUGAGUUUAUUUCUAGGAAUGUCUUGCUUUUAAAUGUUUCAAAGUUUUAGAUAUAGCGCUCAAGGCAAAGGUCUGCAUAGCCUGGAUUUUUUCAGGUGUUCAUUCCUUUAGAGUUGGAAGGUUUACAGACUCAGGAAUCUGGAGCCUUAACAGGAUUCAAAAGAGAGAUGAUUUAACUCUCCCUGAUUGUCAAAGAGGAUAAGAAACAAUUGCAAUUUCAGAUCUUGAGCCCUUAUACUUGAGGCCUUUACAUUCAAAAUAAAAGGCCUUUGGGUAUGCAGAGCUAAACAGAUUGCUUUCUUUUUUUUUCUUUCUUUCUUUCUUUUUUUUUUUUUUUUUACAGAAAGAGCACACACAUAGGAGCAGGGGUAGGGGCAGAGGGAGAGGGAGAUAGAGACCUCUCAAGCAGGCAUGCAGCAUGGAGCCCAAUGUGGGGCUCAAUCUCAUGACCCUGAGAUCACAACCUGAGCUGAAAUCAAGAGUUGGGCGCUUAACUGAAUGAACAACCCGGAUUCCCCAACAGAUUGUUUUCUUAUUCAUGAAUGUCUUGUCUUAUCUUCCCUUUGUCCACUAUAAUUUGAAAUUAGAGGGAAGAAAACUAUUUUGUUAGCACGUAACUAGGAGAAACCUCCUAGAGAUUGGUAAAUUUAGAAGUUGGGGAAAGUGAUAUAGGGCAACUUGUUGCUGGCUUCCAAGUGACCAUUGCUUCUCAGGUAGUUUCAGAUUAGUCUAACUCAGGUUCAUAUGGGUAAUCCAGCUGGACAGACUGGGGUAUUAGGUGGAAAGAACAGAGUGGUGAAGCUGAGAUUUCCAACAUCUUUAAAAUUUCUAAGCUACUGAAUCGGGAGCAGAGAGAAAGAAUAAUUCUGGCCUUAAAAAUUCAUUUUCCCUCAAAGUUCCUACUGCCAGUUCUCUGAAAAGCUGGGAAACAUGGAAAAUCCAAAAUGGCAUUUUGUCCCUGUUGCUGUAGCUCCUGGACUUUUCCUUACAAUGUUCUAAUUUGUAAGAAAAAGGAAUUACUCUAGAUAGGAGAUGUAGGGAUGGCUGUAAAUUAAAUAGUUUCCUUAGCUUACUAUAAAUAUUAGUUGUCAACAUUUUCAACAGUUGAGCAAGUGCUUAUUAGUUGUUUUCUUUGAACAGUACUCUCACUGGUCCAAUAAUUAAUUUUCAAGUUAGAAGAAAGUUUUCUGGGGAAGAAAUUGUUUCUUUUUCCUAACAGCUCUCACUUUGGUUUAAUAGCUAAUAGGAAAAAAAAAUUCCCGUUUGUGUCUUUGUAUUCCACAUUCAUGUGUGUGAAUAUGUAUGUGUCCAGGGACACAACACAUAUGCAUAUUUCACAGUAGAGGAAGAAAGAUAUAGUAGCCACUGAGAUGAAGUUAGUAGGUACAGCAGAGGGCUGGAGUCUCAGUCUGAGUCUCUUACUGUAUAUACCUCAGACCCUUAUGUUUCCAUAAUUGUCUGUUAUGAGGCAUUGUUGGCUUUGCUGCCAACUAGACACCCUGCUAUAUGGUGUGUGGCUAAGGGAUUCACUGGAGGUAAAAGCCUAGUCAUUUCUAAGUGUUGAGAAAAAAAAUGGUUUUGAGGAUAACCAUCAUCCUCUGCUUUUGUAGUAUAAUUAGUUGAACAUAAAUACAACUAUGUAUUGCUUUUUAAUUUUUUUUAUAAAUUAUUGUUAUCAAAUUAACUUCUCUCUUGACCUGCAUGUUUCAUUUUCUUUCACUCUAGUGUCUACAUGCUCUUUCCUCAAGGAAUACAAAUUAAAUAUGUCAGUCUUAAAAACGAAUGAGGAGGGAAUCCUAAUUUGUAUCUGUUUUAAACAACAGCAGAACAGCCUUUGGGGCUUUUGGAAAGGAGGAGCUCUUCAGAGUUGGUUUUUAGAGCUGAUCUAGGCAGGCCACUGACAUUUGUGAAGGAAGACAGAUUUUAGGAGAAGGAGGAGCAGGGGUGAUGCUACUCUUGAUCUCGGGGUCAUGAGUUUGAGAUUACUUAAAAAAAGAAAAACUUACUUAAAAAAAAAAGCAUUCCUGAAAUCACAGCAGCUUUUUGUUACGCAUUUUUUUAUCCAAAGGUACCAAAAAUACAACUAUCAUGUUGUGAGAGGUCUAAUAAUUAUAUAUAAAUAUAUAUGUAUAUAAUCAAAUAUUAUGUGUAUAUAAUCUAAGAGUGGAAUGCCUAUAAUUCCACUUAUCUAGAAAAUAUGUAAAUAGAUAAUUGUAUUUAUGGUCAACUAAUUAUACCACAGAAGCAGAUAGUAGCAUGAGAGGGAAAGCCCUCUUUAGUCUCUGAGAUGGGGAGAUUGGAGGAUAAAAGUGCUGUUCAUCAGAAUAAACCAACAGAGAUUUGGGAGUUUGGUGAGUGUACUAUUAAUGAGAGUUUCCAGAAUGAGUCUCACAUAAGUUCUGAGGCAGGAAGUUAAGAGAACAUAUCCCAAGUGGCCAUCCUGUGGGCUGAAAUUGUAGGAAACAGUAAUGUCAGCAUCUUAGCACCCAGGCUGGGAACCACAGGACUGCUCCAGGGGUUUAAAGUACAAUGUAUAGAAUACAAUGUGUACAACUGGAGAUAUUAUCUAGGAUCCAGGUAGAUCCCUUGUUUUAACCAAAGGACAUGAGGUUUUGAUCUCUCAUACCUGCCAGAUAUAUGGAAUUAUAGGCAUUCAACUGUAAGAUUAUAUGCAUAUAAACUUUAUGAAGUUUUGCCAAAUUGCACUUAGUUGGUGUCCACAGAAGUAGAAUCUGCGUUUAUUGUCUUUCUUCUUUCAGCUGGAUAUCUGUGACUCAUGGGAUGUAGGCGUGUGGUCCUUUACUUUUUCUAAUAAGGUGUACUGUUUUCAAGGUCCAAAAAUUACUAGACUCCUCACAAUAGGAUGAUAGGUAUAUUUUUAGUAUCUUUUGAUGAAAAAAUACACAACAGAAAGCUGCUGUGAUUUCAGGAAUUUUUUUUUUUUAAGUGAUCUCUACACCCCACCUGGAGCCCAAGAACUCAUGAUCCCAAGAUCAAGAGUCGCAUGCUUUUCCAAAUUAGCCAGCUAGGCAUCCUUCAGUAAUGCUUUUAAAUCAAUUUGUCUUUAUCCAGGAACACCAUAAUCUGCAUCCAGUUGAAAUAUAGUAUAUAAAUAUUUGUAAGAAAUAUUGAUAUAUUUAUUUAGAUUAACAAUAGUGCUUAUACAGAUUCCUUGUGAUAACUCCAUGCCACAGAGGUUCAAAUUCCAUGUGUGAGUUGUGAAUCACUCAUAUGGGUUAAGGUUAAGACAUGUGUUCAGAAAACUUACCUGCAUGGAAAUUUGUAGGCUUAUUUGAAAUCAGUGGUAUCAAUAAUUUUUAAAGCCGGGAUAUAAGUAUUUCACAUUUCUGCUUAACCAAGUCUUGAGAUAAGCAGAAUACAUAAAACAAAUUCUUUAGAAAUGGGACUUCUGACUAACUGUUGCUUUGUUUAUUCUGCUUAGUUCAAGUCAGAGCUAAUAGUCUAAUGCUCUUGAAUGUCUUAAUAAGCUUGAACAGUGAUCAUGUAUCCUUUUGCAAAUUUUUAUGUGUGAACUAUAAUUAGUGUAGCACAAUGGACGAAACCUUUUCUAUAGUAGGAUGUGGCUUCUUUGUGAGACUUCCAGUGAUUGUGUAAUGUUGAGAAAUUUCAGAAGAUUCUUUGAAUAGUAAAAAGCAAAAGACAUCUCCACCCAUAUGAGCUUAAAAUUUAGUUGGAAACACAAAACAUACAUAAAACAGAGAAAGAUUAAAGUGAACAUAAUUUAAUGGAGAAAGCUUUGGAGACUUUGGAGUCGGAAUUCAAAUGGCUGUGGGUUUAAAAUCUAGAGUCUUAGAUUGGAUCCUUAGAGUGACCCUGGGGAAACAGAAGAUAGAGUAGUCAAGAUACCAUUUAAAGAUAAGUAGACA